AUGGAGGACAGAGUCGUGCGGCCCUCAGUUUUUGUGGUGGAUGGACAGACGGACAUCCCGUUCAGGAGGCUAGGACCAAGCCACCAGAGACAGCCCUGCAGCUCGGCCCGGGUGGGCCUGGGUCUCCUGCUGCUGCUCAUAGGUGCUGGGCUGGCAGUCCAAGGCUGGUUUCUGCUGCAGCUGCACUGGCGCCUGGGCGAGACUAUCGCCCGCCUGCCGGAUAGAGACACAGGCUCCUGGGAGCAGCUGAUGCAAGACCGGAGGUCGCACCAGGUCAACCCGGCAGCACACCUCACAGGAGCCAAUUCCAGCUUGACAAGCAGUGGAGGUCCACUGCUAUGGGAGACGCAGCUGGGCCUGGCCUUCCUGAGGGGCCUCAGCUACCACAAUGGGGCCCUAGUGACCACCCGGGCUGGAUACUACUACAUCUAUUCCAAAGUGCAGCUGGGCGGUGUGGGGUGCCCACAAGGGCUAGCCAGCGACCUGCCGGUCACCCACGGCCUCUACAAGCGCACACCACGCUACCCUGAGGAGCUGGAACUUUUGGUCAGUCGGCGGUCACCCUGCAGACGGGCAGCCAGCUCCCGUGUCUGGUGGGACAGCAGUUUUCUGGGUGGCGUGGUGCACCUGGAAGCCGGGGAGGAGGUGAUCGUGCGUGUGCCAGAGGAGCACCUGGUCCGACUGCGCGAUGGCACCCGGUCCUACUUUGGGGCCUUCAUGGUGUAACGGAACGAGUGUGGUGGGCUGCAUGUGGGCCUGGCAGGCGGAGGCCUGAGAGAGUGUCUCGAGAGACACAACCCCCCAGGAACCCGAGGUCUUGGAGGGCCCCUAGGGAACCCAAAACUCAGAAGAUGAAGGACUCAGUAGGCACUUCCCAGGACCAAAGAUGCAGACACCCCAAGAGGCUGAAGACCCAGCAGGUGCGUCUGGAAGACCCAGGCAGACCUUAGACCCUGCCACAGACAGUACUAUAGACAAAGACCCAGAGACUUGGAGUCUGCAGGCCCCCAAGCAUGGGGUGAAGUUGAUUUGCCUGAUAUUCAGGAAGAAGGGAAGG